AGAUGGGAGCCAAAAGUGGGUCGCGGACAGGUGGUUACAAAAAAAAAAUUGUAGCCUUCUUCAGACUGUUAAGCCAGUGACGGUUGCUUUUGUCUGAAGCCUUCAUGUCAUAAAAACACCAAAUACUGACACGACACGUACGACCGCAGACGUCACGGUGAAAUCUCCUCCAGCGGAAGUCCGCGGCUGACCGCUCGCUUGACAGCGCAUCGGAUCGACGUCGGGUCCGGUGCAGUCGAAAAUGAAGCCGCCGCCGCGCACGCGCAACAAACCGGUUCGGAACGCGCAGGCUCCCGAACCCAAGGGAGCCUGCGCCUGGUCCCGAAAGGAACAAAAGAUGCUGCUGCAGGCCCUCGGGAGGCAGAGCACUUCCUGCGACGGCGGCUCCUUCGCCAAAGUCGACUACGGCCUACUCCACAAGGCUCUACCUUCUCGCUCCGUUUCUGAGAUCCAGUCUACGGUGGAACGCCUCCAGAACAAGGUGAUUGCUUGCGCCACCUUUCAGCUGAAGAGCAGGAUGGCGGCGGAGAAGAAGGCAGCGGCGCCCGUUCAGAGCUGGGCCGCUUUGGCCCGGGCCGUGUCAGGGGACUCCGACGAGCCGCUUUCCAAGGCCUUCUCUCAGAUGUGGACCGUGGCGUCCACGGAGCCAGACGUCCUCAAGCAUCGCCACCCGCCGCGCCCCGACGACGGCGCGGCCGGUGGGAGCGCCGCGGACAGCGCGGUGGAUUUUGAGAGGAUCUACAUCUACCUGAGCGGCGGCCACAAGCCGGAGGCGGGCAAGCGGGAGCUCACGGCCAUGGAGCGCGCGGUGCUGUUGGACCUCGUGAUGUCUCUCCCUGAGGAGCUGGCCUUCCUCCCCUGCCAAAGCCUUCGCAGACAUCUCACGCAGGUGUACCAGAACUUCUCUGAAGCCAGAGACUCUGAAAACGCCCAAAAAGUGCUGACGGAGCUCAGCGAGCGGCGACGGGGCGGCGAUCGGCCGGCGGGCGAUGCGGGGCAACCGGCGGGAAGCGGCGGACCCGCCUGGACGGGACUGUGCCCCCCCCUCAACCCUUUCCUGAUCCCGCUGGAGCUCUUGAAGCGGCGAUAGGACUUCAUCGCUUUUUGCAGUGCUGUGUUGUUGUUUUUUGGCUCGAAUAAAAUCACUUCCAUGGCUGA